AUGACGCAGAAACACUUGCAAGUCACCGACUCCAACAAGUCACCCCUGAUCCAGGUCCUAUCAUGGUUCUUCAUGGUGGUGGUGAUCCUGUCGGCAAUUGCGCGGUGCGGCACGAAGCUGCAUAUGGUGCAGACGCUCAGGCUGGACGAUUGGUUGGCCGUGGCGGCAACGGUAGUGGCCGUUGCGCAAUUCACUUCGUCCAUCGUAACCGCCGGCAAUGGCCUGGGACAGCAUGGAGACGCUCUCACUGAGCGCCAAAGAGCGUCUAUCCUCAAGGGCGAGUACACCGCGGAUCUGCUGUACGUUGCGAGUCUCGGUCUUGCCAAGGUGUCGACGGCGGCCACAGUCGUCAACAUCGCCGCGUGGGCGCAUCGCAGCGCUGUUUACGGAACCGGCGCGGUUAUCGUGGCAUGGGCGGUGACUGGACUUCUUGUCCUUGUCUUUCAAUGUCAGCUGCCGGCGCCGUGGGAUGUCGUGACCAAGUCGUGUAUUGCUCGGCCCGCGUUUUGGAAAUACUUUUGCGCCGUCAACAUAAUUACUGAUAUCGUCCUGAUUUGCUUCAUUGUCCACAGUAUCCGAGGGAUCCAAACGUCGUUGAGCAAAAGGGUUCUUGUUAUCGGCGUAUUUGGCAGCCGCAUCUUUGUCACUCCCGCGCUACUCUUCCAAAUCAUAUACUCGGAAAAGUCUCUUUCCACGGCGGACCCAAGCUUUGACUUGUGGGAGUGGUCCGUCAUUAUGAGCGUGGUGCAGUGCCUCAGCAUUCUGACAAUUUGCAUCCCCAACCUGAAGCCGUUCCUCGACAGUCUGCAUUCGGGCCAGAUGCGUGUCGACGAUCUCCGUCGCCGAGGCAAGUCCGGCAGUAGCUACCAGCGAAGUGGCGACAAAUCCAAGCAGACGAGCGGUUCCAACGCGAGCGGCGGGCGUUCAAACGGCGGCCAGGAUACGGCAGUAUUGCAGAACAGCAGACUGUUUGAGCUGGUGGAGAUUCCAAAGCAACGCAAGGCAAAGGACGACCCUCAUAAAGGGGGGCUCAAAUCUCAAGACGGCACCGCGGCGUGGGACGGUGAGAGCCACACGAGCCAGACGAUUCUCAUUCAACAAACAAAGACAUGGCACGUAGACGUGGAGACGGCACGAGGCGGCUCGUAG